AUGAAUGCCUCCACAGAUUUGAGACUGCUGGACUGCACACAUAACCAGCUUGAGAGCAUACCUCCCAUCUUGUCUCUAGACCAGCUCUGUCUGAGUCAAAACAAACUGCUCUUUCUUCCUGAACUGUCCUCCUCAAGGCUCAAGAUGAGGAUACUGAUGGUCAGAUUUCCUUUGAUGAAGAGCUUUUGAAUCACAAUGAGAUCACUUGUAUGAAUUAUUUGUAAAUUAAUAAGUGGCCUAUGCAAUAUCUGACAGCUUUAUAUCACCUGUCUGGUAGGAGCUGCAUGUUGGUACCCACUGGGCACAGACGUCAAUUAAACGUCUAUUUCGUGUUGGUUCAACGUCAUUUCAUUGAAUUGACAUGGAAACAACGUUGACUCAACUAGUGUGUGCCCAGUGGGUAAUAACCAGAUUGAGGUGCUGGAGGCAGAGCAUGUGAAACACCUGAACACUCUGAGUGUAUUGGAGCUGAGGGAUAACAAGGUAAAGAGUGUCCCUGAGGAAAUCACAGAACUCCAUGGCCUGGAGCGCCUAGACCUAAUCAACAAUGACAUCAGCAGGUAAGUUUGCCUGAUCUGAUCUCCCCUGGUCUCUCCUCAGUGCAUUCUAUACUCUUUCACCUGUGCACAUAACACAUUUAUACAUAGCACAAAUAACAACAAAUUAAAUAUCAACAACACUAACAAGUCAAAACACCCCAAAAUGUCCUUCCUGUGUAAUGUUUAACUGCCUGGAGCUCUCAUUGAGUGUUGUUAAUGUGCUACUGUAUGUCUUCCUUGUAUGUGUGAACCAGUCUGCCAGCUGCCCUUGGCCUCCUGUCCAAGCUGAAGAUCCUGACCCUGGAGGGCAACCCUCUGAGACGCAUCCACAGAGACCUGCUGACUGUGACUUAGUAAGGAUGACAUCUCAUUACCUUCUCAAAGCUACUUGUCAUCAAUGUCUAAAUACAUACAAAGUCCUGCUUGUUUUACCAAUACAGUACAACCUCAAUGAACCUCAAUGUAGAGUUUCAAUGUAGCCAAUUCAGACUCUGUGAUCUGAUGAUUUUUGUCUCCUUCACAGAAAGGAACCAAUGAAAUGCUGAAAUACUUGAGGGGUCAAAUAAAAGGUACAAGGAUGUUUCACAGUCUUUUUCUGUCUAUGCAGAAGGACCCAUUCUCAUAAUCAGUGAAUAUACCAUUUUAUUUACUUUGCAAGGUUAUGUGGAGAGGCCACAAUUGAUUUACUAGACUCUCGUAUCAUUGGACAGAUUUUUUUUCGUCAUAUUGAUCGAAAGAGGAUCCAUAUGGCAACGGAGAUGAUCCUGACACUGCCAUGACUCUACCCAGUCAAGCAAAGAUCAACGUGUACGCCAUUAAAACACUGAAGACAUUGGACUACAGGUGUGUAUCAACUAUUGUUUUGUGUCGUGUUUGAAGCUCUGUUUUUAACACAUUUUAGGAAAGUUAAAAACUCCUCAAACGUUCUACCACAAAAUUAUACUGCAAUUCCAUAGCAUUGCUUAGUCACACUUUGAGCAUAGUUGUGAUGUAAUGAAGUGUUGUCAGUAAACUGUUGUUUUGUGUGUGCGACCCUGGUCCCAGUGACAAGCAGGCGUUGUGUGUUCCUGAUGACGUGUUUAAUGCUAUGGGCAGUGAGCCCGUCGCCAGUGUCAACUUCAGGAAGAACCAGCCGGCUGCAGUGCCUCCCAGGUACUCUGCUUAUAUCAGUGACUUCACACCACAGUCCAGUCCUCUGGAGGAAAAACACACACAGUGUGAUAAGAAUCACACCACUCCAAAAAGUCACCACAGUUGAAAAUGCUAUUGUUGAUAGAGAAUGUCAGCUAGGACUGUUGUGAUGAUAUUGUUGGAUGUGUUUGAGGGAGCCUCUGCUUGGUCUUCACGGUUGUGGAGAUGAAGGACUGGACUUCAACAAGCUGACCAGCCUCCCCCUGGAGUUCUGCAUGCUCCAGCAACUGGCAAACAUAGGCCUCAGGUACAUGAACACUGACAAUCAGCCUCCACAGCACAACUAUUACCUCUACGGCACAAAUAUCUAAAGGGCUUGUCUUUCCAAAUAAAAGUAGUGUUUCCGUAGCGGAGUUCAGUGAAGCGAGAGGCUAAACCUUUUUUAGACCCUGUGGUGUAGAUUUCUGGUGGGGGCAUUGUUUUGAACCUGUUCUUAAAUUGGAACAUGUUCGCUAAAGAUGGUACAUUGGUGCAUGUGAACAUUUUGUAAUAUGUUUUUUUUUUGUAUCCUUUUACCUAAGAAACAAUCUUCUGAUAUCGCUGUUAACUGUCUGUGAUGAGGUGGUGUUGAAGGAGUCAGGCGCAGGAGGGUAAAUCACAGAAUAACAGGUUUUAAUCCGCAAAAUACAGGUUUACGCAGAACUGCGUCAAACACACUCCAGGGCACAAAACAGGUAUACUGGAAAAUACAAGGCACACAGGAAAAUACUCCCGUUGAACAAAAUACACGAGCUCCACUAACCUUCACAAUAAACAAUCUGGGUCAAGGGGGCAGAGGGAACACUUAUACACGGACAAUUAGGAGAUUAGAACCAGGUGUGUGUGAUAACGAGACAAGACAAUUGUGAUGAUGAUUGGGGCAGCAGUGGUUAGUACUCCGGUGACGACGAACGCCGAAGCCUGCCCGAACAAGGAGGGCAGGCAGCCUCGGACGAAGUCGUGACAGUUCUGGGCAUAUUCUGCCCAUGGCAAGAACACCGACCACUCCUCCGGCCGGUCCUGGCAGUAGGACCGAAGGAACCUACCCACAUCCUGAUUUACUCGUUCCACCUGUCCAUUUGAUUCGGGGUGGAACCCAGAGGUCAGGCUGACCGAGACCGCCAGACGUUCCAUGAACGCCUUCCAAACCUUGGACAUGAACUGGGGACCUCGGUUGGACACGAUAUCCUCUGGCACCCCGUAGUGCUGGAAGAGGUGAGUAAACAGGGCCUCCGCAGUCUGCAGGGCCGUGGGGAGACUGGGCAGAGGAAGGAGGCGGCAGGACUUGGAUAAGCGGUCCACAACGACCAGGAUGGUGGUGUUACCUUGGGAGAGGGGAAGAUCAGUCAGAAAAUCAAUACUAAGAUGAGACCAUGGUCGUUGUUGGGAGGUGCCUAGGUGCCUUACUCUGGGCGCACACCGAGCAGGAAGAGACGUACACCCUCACGUCCUUAGCCAAGGUAGGCUACCAGUACUUUCCGCUCAAGCAGCGUACUGUACGGCCGAUACCUGGGUGACCAGAGGAGGGUGACGUGUGUGCCCAGAAGAUCAGACGAUCCGGAUAAGAGCAGGCACGUACCGCAGCCCAGCUGGACACUGCGGUGGAGAUGGAUCUGUGCGUAAUGCCUGCUCUAUAUCCGCGUCCAUCGCCCAUACUACUGGCGUCACAAUGCUAGAGGCCGGGAGUAUGGGGGUGUUGUCUCUGGGCCUCUCUUCUGUGUCAUACAGCUGGGACAGUGCGUCUGCCUUCACGUUCUUCGUACCCGGAAUGUAUGGUAGUGUAAAAUCAAACCGGGUGAAGAAUAGGGCCCACCUGGCCUGGCGAGGAUUCAGCCUCCUCGCUGCCCGGAUUUACUCCAGGUUACGGUGGUCCGUCCAGACGAGGAAAGGGUGUUUCGCCCCUUCGAGCCAAUGCCUCCACACGGUCAAGGCUCGGACAACAGCCAACAGCUCCCGAUCACCAACGUCGUAGUUCUGCUCCGACGGGCUGAGCUUCUUAGAGAAGAAGGCACUGGGGCGGAGCUUGGGUGGCGUACCCGAGCGUUGAGACAGGACAGCUCCUAUCCCAACCUCAGACGCAUCCACCUCCACUAUGAACGUUAGUGAUGAAUCGGGGUGGGCCAGUACUGGGGCUGAGGUGAACAGACCCCACAGUUAUUUUAUUUAUUUAUUUUUUUUGGGGGGGGGGGGGGUAGAUCAGCUUAAUAUUGCAGAUAGAUUGUAACUUCCAUCAAUGUAGUUGUCUGCAUCACUUCCAAUUCCCCAUGUUUUUUUUAUAUAUAUACUGCUCAAAAAAAUAAAGGGAACACUAAAAUAACACAUCCUAGAUCUGAAUGAAUGAAAUAAUCUAAUUAAAUACUUUUUUCUUUACAUAGUUGAAUGUGCUGACAACAAAAUCACACAAAAAUAAUCAAUGGAAAUCAAAUGUAUCAACCCAUGGAGGUCUGGAUUUGGAGUCACCCUCAAAAUUAACGUGGAAAACCACACUACAGGCUGAUCCAACUUUGAUGUAAUGUCCUUAAAACAAGUCAAAAUGAGGCUCAGUAGUGUGUGUGGCCUCCACGUGCCUGUAUGACCUCCCGACAAUGCCUGGGCAUGCUCCUGAUGAGGUGGCGGAUGGUCUCCUGAGGGAUCUCCUCCCAGACCUGGACUAAGGCAUCCGCCAACUCCUGGACAGUCUGUGGUGCAACGUGGCAUUGGUGGAUGGAGCGAGACAUGAUGUCCCAGAUGUGCUCAAUUGGAUUCAGGUCUGGGGAACGGGCGGGCCAGUCCAUAGCAUCAAUGCCUUCCUCUUGCAGGAACUGCUGACACACUCCAGCCACAUGAGGUCUAGCAUUGUCUUGCAUUAGGAGGAACCCAGGGCCAACCGCACCAGCAUAUGGUCUCACAAGGGGUCUGAGGAUCUCAUCUCGGUACCUAAUGGCAGUCAGGCUACCUCUUUCGAGCACAUGGAGGGCUGUGCGGCCCCCCAAAGAAAUGCCACCCCACACCAUGACUGACCCACCGCCAAACCGGUCAUGCUGGAGGAUGUUGCAGGCAGCAGAACGUUCUCCACGGCGUCUCCAGACUCUGUCACGUCUGUCACGUGCUCAGUGUGAACCUGCUUUCAUCUGUGAAGAGCAUAGGGCGCCAGUGGCGAAUUUGCCAAUCUUGGUGUUCUCUGGCAAAUGCCAAACGUCCUGCACGGUGUUGGGCUGUAAGCACAACCCCCGCCUGUGGAUGUCGGGCCCUCAUACCACCCUCAUGGAGUCUGUUUCUGACCUUUUGAGCAGACACAUGCACAUUUGUGGCCUGCUGGAGGUCAUUUUGCAGGGCUCUGGCAGUGCUCCUCCUGCUCCUCCUUGCACAAAGGCGGAGGUAGCAGUCCUGCUGCUGGGUUGUUGCCCUCCUACGGCGUCCUCCACGUCUCCUGAUGUAUUGGCCUGUCUCCUGGUAGCGCCUCCAUGCUCUGGACACUACGCUGACAGACACAGCAAACCUUCUUGCCACAGCUCGCAUUGAUGUGCCAUCCUGGAUGAGCUGCACUACCUGAGCCACUUGUGUGGGUUGUAGACUCCGUCUCAUGCUACCACUAGAGUGAAAGCACCGCCAGCAUUCAAAAGUGACCAAAACAUCAGCCAGGAAGCAUAGGAACUGAGAAGUGGUCUGUGGUCACCACCUGCAAAACAAGUCCUUUAUUGGGGGUGUCUUGCUAAUUGCCUAUAAUUUUCACCUGUUGUCUAUUCCAUUUGCACAACAGCAUGUGAAAUGUAUUGUCAAUCAGUGUUGCUUCCUAAGUGGACAGUUUGAUUUCACAGAAGUGUGAUUGACUUGGAGUUACAUUGUGUUGUUUAAGUGUUCCCUUUAUUUUUUUGAGCAGUGUAUAUAUAUACACAUACAUACAUACACAUACAUAUACAUAUAUAUAUACACAUAUAUAUACACACAUACACACAUACAUACACACAUACAUACAUACAUAUAUACGAAUACAUAUCCUUUAAACAAAUAUAUAUAUUCCCCUUUAUUACUUUCCAACCCCACCUCCCUUUCCCUACUUGGAGUAAACUAGUGAACAACAAUGCUUAGGCCUCUACUUCCAGCUUAUACCUACUAUCUACAUUUUAUGGACACAGUCAAUUUUACAAUAAUUAUAUUUUGUUUGUUUUUUCUCUUGAAAUUCCUCUACUCUCAACCUCUCCGAUCAUUUUCAUGAUGUCCAUCCGGUUUGCUUCUAUAUGCCAUAUCUUUCUAACUGUGCUCUUUCUCUUUCACAAAAGCUCCCAAUCUACAACCUAUAUACUUAUUAUGGACACAGUAUGCUUACAUUAUUAGUUAUCUUGUUAUUAUUUGUUGUUGGUUGUUAUUAGUCCCAUCCUUCAAUUCCAUUCAACACCUCCCAUCUAUCUUUUAACACCAUCCAUAUAGGAUUUCUAUUUGCCAUAUAUAUUUCAACUCUACGGUCAAGGCUCGGACAACAGCCAACAGCUCCCGAUCACCAACGUCGUAGUUCUGCUCCGACGGGCUGAGCUUCUUAGAGAAGAAGGCUAAGGGGCGGAGCUUGGGUGACGUACCUGAGCGUUGAGACAGGACAGCUCCUAUCCCAACCUCGGACGCAUCCACCUCCACUACGAACGUUAGUGAUGAAUCGGGGUGGGCCAGUACUGGGGCUGAGGUGAACAGACCACACAGUUUGUUGAAGGUCAGCCUCAGCAGACCAGCGGAGCCGGGACGGCCCACCCUUCAACAGGGAGGUAAUGGGAGCUGCGACCUUGCCAAAGCCCCGGAUAAACCUCCGAUAGUAGUUGGCAAAGCAAAGGAAGCGCUGCACCUCCUUAACCGUGAUUGGAGUCUGCCAAUUACGCACGGCUGAAAUGCGAUCUCCCUCCAUCUCCACACCUGUGGUGGAAAUGCGGUAUAAAAGGAAGGAGACGGACUGCUGGAAAAACAUACACUUCUCUGCCUUAGCAUAAAGGUCAUUUUCCAACAGUCGGGCCAGCACCUUGCGAACCAGGGACACAUGCUCGGCGCGCGUAGCGGAAUACACCAGGAUGUCAUCAAUGUAGACCACUACACCACGACCAAGCAUGUCCCGAAACACCUCAUUCACAAAGGAAUGGAAAACUGAGGGAGCAUUCAUCAAACCAUAGGGCAUCACCAGGUAUUCAUAAUGCCCUGUGGUUGUGCUGAAUGCUGUCUUCCACUCAUCGCCCUCUUGGAUACGCACCAGGUUGUACGCACUCCUGAGAUUUAAUUUGGUGAAGAAGCGCGCUCCAUGCAUUGAUUCAAUCACCGAAGGACUGAGGGGGAGAGGAUAACUAAAUCUUAUCGUCUCCCUGUUCAGUGGUCAAUAAUCAAUGCACGGGCGCAGACCUCCGUCCUUCUUCUUCACAAAGAAGAAACUCGAGGAGGCGGGUGAAGUGGAGGGACGUAUAUACCCCUGGCGCAGGGACUCGGUGACAUAGGUUUCCAUAGCCACCGUUUCAGCCUGUGAAAGGGGGUAUAUAUGACUCCUGGGAGGUACAGCGUCUACCCGGAGGUUUAUCUCGCAAUCCCCCGCCCGAUGAGGUGGUAAUUUAGUUGCCUGCGUUUUAGAGAAUGCUUGCGCCAGAUCGAGGUAUUCAGGGGGAAUGCGCACGGUGUAGGUACUGUCUGGACUUUCUACCGUGGUUGCACCAACGGAAACAUCUAGACACCUACCCUGACAAUCUCACGACCACCCCGUGAGAGCCCUCUGCGGCCAUGAGAAGGUGGGGUUGUGGAGUGCUAUCCAAGGGAUACCUAAUACCACAGGGAAAGCAGGAGAUUCAAUAAUCGAAAAAAUUAACUGCUCAAAAUGAGUCUCCUGGGUGAUUAUGGUGACAGGUAUCGUGACUUCCGUAACAAACCUGGACCCUAUUGGUCGACUAUCGAGUGCUCUGAUGGGGAGUGGAAUGGAUAGGGGAACCAAUGUUAUAAUAAUAAUAAUAAUAAUAUGCCAUUUAGCAGACGCUUUUAUCCAAAGCGACUUACAGUCGUGCGUGCAUAAUAUAUAUUUUUUGUGUAUGGGUGGUCCCGGGGAUCGAACCCACUACCUUGGCGUUACAAGCGCCGUGCUCUACCAGCUGAGCUACAGAGGACUUGAUGGCGUGUGAAUGCCCUGCCCAUUAAGUUCCCAACUAGCGCCUUACACUGGAGAACUACCAUGAGAUCGGGAAAGGGAAUAGGUAGGGUACAGUGCACAGCAGAGGGCUCUGAACAAGUGUGGGUGUUCAAUACCUGGGGUGAUGCGUGAGUGCCCUGCCUGCCACCUCCCGGCCCAAAAGAAUGUUGACUACGACGUGUAGUGUAUUGUCCCUUCGUACCACUAGAGUGGCACUGUCGCUGUCCUCCUCCGCUCUCUCGGCCGGCGGCUCCACCCAGCUCCAUCGGCUCAGAAUCCGAGUCGUCCGGGGUGGAAACGGGCAGACCCCUACCAGGACGUCCUCUGGCUGCCAGCAGGUUGUCCAAACGAAUGGUCAUGUCCACCAGUCUGUUGAAGGACAACAUGGUGUCUCGGCAGGCUAGCUCCCGUCGGACGUCCUCCCACAGAUGGCACCGGAAAUGGUCAAUUAGGGCCUGCUCGUUCCACCCGGACCCCGCUGCCAGCGUCCAAAACUCCAACGCGAAGUCCUGCGUGGUCCUCGUCCCCUGCCUCAGAUGGACCAGUCGCUCACCCGCCUCUCUACCCUCGGGCAGGUGAUCGAAGACCACCCGAAAGAGGCGAGCGAACUCCCUGUAGUCCUCCAGCGCAGCUCCUCCUUCGUUCCACACCGCAUUGGCCCACUCCAGGGGUUUCCCACAGAGGCAGGAAACGAGGACGGACACCUUCUCCUGCUCCGAUGGUUCCGGCCUGAAGCUGGCGAAGUAAAUCUCCAAUUGGAGGAGGAAUCCCUGGCACGUCGUCCCAUCAAACGCCCGUGGUCGGGAUAUCUGGAUCCCUCCGGGUGCUGGGGUGUAGGUGGCUGGAUGCGGUUGGCCAGCUGGUCUCGACAGAUCGGGUUCUCUCCUCUCCAGGCGUUGGACGACCUGAAGGACCCGAUCCAUCGCUUCCCCCAAGCUGGCCAGCAUCGUGGAAUGAUCCUGGACCCGUGCCAUGACUCCAGGCAUGCACUCUUCUCCCGUUGACUCCAUAUUCGGGUGGGUGAUUCUGUGAUGAGGUGGUGUUGAAGGAGUCAGGCGCAGGAGGGUAAAUCACAGAAUAACAGGCUUUAAUCCGCAAAAUACAUGUUUAUGCAGAACUGCGUCAAACAUACUCCAGGGCACAAACCAGGUGCACUGGAAAAUACAAGGCACACAGGAAAAUACUCCCGUCUAACAAUAUACACGAGCUCCACCAAGCUUCACUAACCUUCACAAUAAACAAUCACCCACAAGGACAAGGGGGCAGAGGGAACACUUAUACACAGACGAAUUAGGGGAUUAGAACCAGGUGUGUGUGAUAACGAGACAAGACAAUUGUGAUGAUGAUUGGGGCGGCAGUGGUUAGUACUCCGGUGACGACGAACGCUGAAGCCUGCCCGAACAAGGAGGGGAGGCAGCCUCGUCCGAAGUCGUGACACUGUCAUUCACCAUGUAAGCACUCAGAUCUUAAUGGUUUCAACGUUUAUUUAUCACGUGCACAGGAUAUAGCAGGUGUAAAACAGUAUAAUGAAAUGCUUACAUUAAAGGGAUGUAAUCAUCGUGCUGUUCACAGAUAAUUGGUAAUACUGAUGAUUCAUUUGACAUGUCAUAUUUUGACAGGUUUAAGUUGUUCCCGGAAGUGCUGUACCAGGUUCCUACCCUGGAGACCAUUUUGAUCAGUAGCAACAAGGUGGGAGCCAUCGACCCACUGCAGCUUAAAGCUCUGGACAAGCUUUCCACUCUGGACCUGCAGAACAAUGACAUCAUGCAGGUGCCACCUGAACUCGGCAACUGCACCAGCCUGGGGUAGGUACCAGGAUGUGACACUGGGUUUAGGGGACACUAUAUUUGGGUCAGGUGUGAUGUUGAAUAGCAAUCAGAAAAAGUAUGAGCUUUAGGACAUCCAAUUAAAGUGAUCCAUAUACUGUAGUUGUGAUUUUGUCUGAGCUGUUGUUGUCCAGAGAGAAGUAUGUACUUGUUGUAUAUCAAUCUUUUAAGCUGGCUUGAAUCUGGUCUCUCACUCAUUUCUCCCUUGUAUUCUCCUCAGGGCCCUCAUGCUGGAUGGAAAUCCUUUACGCAACCCCUGA